AGUGAGGAGCGUCCGGCUCAUCCAGGCUCAACAAUCAGGACUUAACAGGGGUGGACAGAUUCUGUGGACGGAUCUUAAAUUUAAGGACUUUACUUUUUACCUCACUGGCUUUGCGGAACACGAUCGAAAGCUUUUGAUCUAUACUGAGACCCAGUUGAUCUAGAAAGAUCAGUGGAACACACACACACACUGGGUGAUGGCGGCUCUAGAUCUGCGGUGUGGUGUUGACCGUGUGUGGGGAGGUGAGACCGCCGACGUGCUGGACUCCUUCGACUCGGAGAUGCAGCAGUGGGAGGAGCAACUGCAGGAAAUGCAACAGAAGAUAGAGGAGUUAUAUAAGGUGGUGGAAGCUCGCAGGUCAGCCAAUGACAGCAGCCCAAACUCCAACACACACCUGGACAUCACCUUACUUCCUGUCAGUAAUGCCAUCGGUUGCCCUGCCGCUGGUUACCGUGGGGUAAAUGUGAACGACGGCACGGCGCAUCACAACGUCUUUAAUUACCCCAGUGAUUACCCCAACACCGCGUGCCGUUACGGUGCCGGUUCUGAUCACACGGGCUUCCCUGGUUAUGAGACCUACAGUCUUAAUGGAGGUCCAGAUGUGACCUUAGACAUUCUGGAUGGAUAUUUGGGACUGGAAACGGGACUAAGACGCAACCAGCACCAACCAUGUGGAGCUCCGAAUACCAGUUCCAAAGAAAAUCAGAGCUUUUAUUCUCAUCAUGCAGGAGCUCAUCAGUGGCCGGCGACCCACAGGAUUGGCUGUGUGUCUCAGGGCGAGUUUGAAGAAGCUCAGAACAGAAGGAACUGUUCAGUCCUGGACGAACCUCGAGUCCGGCACGUCAGCUGGAAGGAACCCGUCUCCUGCCCCCAGACAUCGGUCAGUAAACCGGCAAUCAGACAGAAGGACGGACCGUAUGCCCCUGUUCGCCCCGCCCACUUUUCAGAUUUGCCACCGCAACAAGACAGGAAGUGCCCUGUGAUAGACAGGAAGUGUGCGAGCCCAUCGGUGCUGCGUAAAUUCGAAGCCAUGUUGCAGGAGAACGAGGGAAAAACUCUGAUCGAGGACGGCACGGUGACCACGCUGGUACCCAAAUCUGUGCCCAAGUCACCUAAAGUCGGUGGACACCGGGCGUCCAAGCAUGCGCCCGUCCAAAAAUGUCUUAAAGACUCGGAUGUGCCUGUAACACUCCACAACGGAGAGCACAGAGGCGGGAAAGCGGGCGUACAGGCCUCACACUGGGCGCCCACAGUCCAGGGGGUGGAACUACAGUCUGACUCCAGGAUGGUGGAACGAAUUCUGGGUAACUGUGCUGCCUCACAGUACCAGGUGAAGAGCCACAGUGGUGCAAAUCAGAGGAACACAUCAACACCCCAGCAGGCGAGCCGCGAAUCUCCCGUCCCAACCAGGAGGAGUUUUUCUCGUCCUGCGCGGCCAGCCAAUCAGAGGCCCCCGUCCCGAUGGGCGAGCCACACCCCUACAGCAAAGAUAACUGCGCCCGUGGGUCCCAGAUCUCGCUCGCUCAGUCCUGCAUGUAAGAGCCAGCGGCGCUUCGGAUACACGGAUAACUUCGGCUCGUACGCAGAGACCGUGCUCAUGUGACCGGCCGGAGGAACGAACCCUGCGAGUCGAGCCAGAUGGACAGAGCAACACUGACUUCGUUCACCUUCACUUCUAAACCUUCAGGACGUUUUUUUGUCUCCAUAUGACACGUUGAGUGUAGUGUUCAGUAGCUGCUGCUGUAUGAAGACCUGAAGUUCCUUCCUGUUGAAUCUUGUACUGUAAGAACGAUGCUGAUGUGGGUGUGUGAGUGUUUCUGUAAAUAUGGACACAUUUGGACUAGAACUCACUGAAUCCUAAAGUGGCCUGAUACACUCCUGUGCCUAAAUCGUCCCUCCCGUUAGCAUCUUCGAUUUCUCUCAUCAUUCUCAUCUCGUUUUUUUCCACAAUCCUGGUUUCUGUUGUUGAAGAUGAUCCUCAGUUUGUGUUUGAUAGGAGCUGCACUGUAAUGAUGUGAUGAUGAAGAAUGUGAUGCUUUUCAGCACUGUGAGGGUUCAGUUUUUGUGUAUCAUCUAGGGCGGGGGUGUCCAGUCUUACCAGCUGCAGGUUUUCUACACCAGCGGUCCCCAACCUUUUUUGCACCACGGACCGGUUUCAUAUAUAAGAUAUAAUUUCACGGGCUGGCGGGGGCGGGGGGGAUUUAAAAUAGAAGAACUAUAGAACCCUGAGCUUUAUUCACUGCAAUAAAACUCUGCUCCCACCUAGUGGUGAUUGGAGACAAUAACACCUAAUUGCUUUUGUAACUAUUUCUAAUUAUUUAUUCUUUCUGUGCCGCUCGGUAAUAAAUGACCCGGUACCGGUCUGCAGCCCGGUGGUUGGGGACAACUGUUCUACACCGGAUUCCACUUCGGUCUCACAGUUGGUCUUGGUCGUGAAACGACUGAUCAGUUGGAUGAGUUGAAGCUCCCUGCAGCUUCACUGGCUCCUUGUCGAUGAGAUCGGACACCCCUGAUCUAGAGUCUAAAUUUCUAUUUAAAGUACCAGAUUUUAGGAAACCUGGAAAUAACAGUUUUGAAAUGUCAUUUUCUAUAAUAAUCGAAUUGUUAGCACAAUGCUAAUGUUUUAGCUUAGAUUUCUUUUACUGUUUGUGCUGUGAGGUUGAUACUUUUACUGCACACUGUUCUGGUUUCAUUUUUUAAUGUCAUUAAAGUUUUUAAU